CGCAACGACUAGAAUGUCGCUUCUACAAGGCCUAUUGGAGGACGUCUCCUCUACGAAGCCAGUCGACUACGACCCAGAGAAGGAUGCAGCAGACGCUUUUGGCGGAAACGACUCGGAUGCAAAUAGCGCGGACGAGGGUGAAGACGCGACGGAGCACUAUGUGAAAGUGGGGCGUGGCCGUCUCCGAGAUCUUGCGGGGGUUGAGCUGGAUCAUGUAAAGUACGGCGGCAAAAAAGUGUCCCGAAACGCGAUUUUCGGCGACGAAGCGAGCGGGAGUGGCGACGAGGACGGUUCUGACGAUGGCGAGGAGGAGGGGUUAUCGGAGGAUGGAGAAGGGUUGGAAAGCGCAGAUGGAGGAGAGUCUGCGUCAGGCGAAGAUUUUGAAGAAGAUUUUGGUGAAGGCGGUCACGAAGACGACGAGGAAGACGAUGAGGACGAAGUGGGCGAGGAUGAUGAGUCUGACAACGAGGAGGAAGAAAGCGAGGACCAGAGCCAAGCAGAGGGAAUCUCCCAUUCCCAGGCUCGCGUUGCAAAGGAACUCCAGCAGUUGGCCGCAGAAGAGAGCAAACUCAUAAAGAAGAUGUCUGUGUCAGCGAAAGCGGAUGUGGAAAAAGGACACCAUGUCCGCGCACAGAUUAUGCUUUGGGACAAUCUUCUAGACAGCCGAAUCCGUAUUCAGAGGACAGUUUCUAUCGCAAACCGCUUUCCCAAACCAGAUACCUACCCUGCUUUCUACAACACCGCUUCCGAGACCGACCGGGCGGCUCUCGCGGAGACAUCGGAUGAACUUUUCAACUUGGUGGACGGCCUGAUAUCGCUUCGGACGUCUCUGAUAUCACAAAAUCCUCAAGUCGCUGCAGCGGUUCCUGCCGCCGAAUCCGCACGAAAACGGAAGCGCGAUCCGUCGGAUACCACUGAGAUACAGCUGGAAACCCUCUGGAAACAACUGAACCCUAUUGACACACAAUUCAAACAAUAUCGGGAUGCUACCAUCGACAAAUGGAACAACAAGGUGCAAAUGGCGACGGGGGCAUUGGCGCCACUGCAGAAGAAGUUCAAAUCAAUCAAUCAGAGCGUAGUCAGCCAAAUCAGACAGACUGUUGGCGAUAAGGAGCGGUUGAUAAAACGGUCUCAGCUGCGGAGAUCGGAUUAUAGGUGCUUGGGGGAAGAAGAGAAAACUGAAGAGGAUGAAAGGGCGGCGACUGAAGGGCGUAACGGUGCAGAUGCGCACUUAUCGAAUCACGACGCGGAGAUUUUCGAUGAUGGUGAUUUCUAUCAGCAACUGUUGAAGGAGCUCAUCGAAAGCCGUAUGACCGACACAGAUGAUGCUGUGCUGAACGGUCUAAAAUGGGCGCACUUCAAAUCGCUCAAGAACAGCUCCAAGAAAAAGAAGAAGGUCGACACCCGCGCCUCCAAAGGCCGUAAGAUCCGGUAUCAUAUACACGAGAAGCUCACGAACUACAUGGCACCACAGCCGCAAGGCACAUGGCACGACGAGAUGAGUGAGGAACUUUUUGCCGGUCUCCUGGGACAGUCGGCAUCAUUGGCGAGCGGUGUCCGCCAAGCAGAUCCGGUUGAUGAGAUCAAGGUGUCCAACGGCGUGGCAGAGGAUGGAUUUAGGAUCAUGUAGGCUAGUCCAAGGGCGAAUGGAGCCAUUAGGAAGUUGGUUAGCAUGUGCCCCUGUGGACUUGGUUCCUAAUGGUCAUCCGCUACGAACGAACAGGCAUCGUUGCAUCUUUGCAUGUAGCAUUGUACAGUGUCUCUUAAUUUAAUCCGUCAGAUCAUAUAGAGCAAGCAACACUACUACGCUAUUGAGUCCACGUACGUAGGUUCUGAAAUGAGAU